UUUUCUUUUUUUUUCUUUUUCUCUUUCUUUUUCCUUUUUUUUCUUUCUUUCUUUCUUUUUUUUUCUUUCCUGCUUUGAAAAAUUUUUCUGCCAGCCGUCCUCCGCACGGGGGGUCUUCAGUCUGUCCGUCUGUCUGUCUGCCAGGCUGGCUUUCCCCCACCACCGCCACCUCUUUCCCACGGAGCCCGAGCCGGGCGCCGGGUGGGGAGUGGGGAGUGGGUGGGGGGAGCCAGCGGAGUUCCAUUUUGGAACGCUCGCGCCCGGUCUCCGCGUUCCCAGCCCGGGUCCCCGCGUUCCCAGCCCCGGCACAGGCCUCCAUGCACUGGCUGCUCUGGGACUCCCACUGCAAGAUUCCCAGGAUGUAAGCAACAUGCAACAGACACUGAUAUGAAGCUGCCUGGUGUGCCCAGUGAUUGCUACAGUUGCGAUUUUCUGUGCUGAAAUCAUUCUGCACACUCAAACGGAGGACUUCAGCCUUCCAGGGAAGCCAAAGGCACUGGGGAGGGAAUUAAGCCAAAAGCCGAGAGACUCGCUGUUCUGUCCCUACCCACUCCAAAAAGAAGCCAUUGGUCGGUCACAGGCAGGCAGCAUGGCAAGCAAACGGAAAUCAACAACUCCGUGUAUGGUUCGGACAUCACAAGUAGUAGAACAAGGUGUGCUGGAGGAAGCAGACAGGGCCAAAGACAAAGGAACGGGCAUGCCGCAGUCCGACGUGACCAAGGACAACUGGGCAACAGAACCCGAAAACUCGUCCAAAGAAAAUGAAGUGGUAGAGCUGAAAUCUAUGGGGGAAAGCCAGUCCAAAAAACUCCAGGGCGGUUAUGAGUGCAAAUAUUGCCCUUAUUCCACACAAAAUCUGAACGAGUUCACGGAACACGUGGACAUGCAGCACCCCAACGUGAUUCUCAACCCCCUCUACGUGUGUGCCGAAUGUAACUUCACAACCAAAAAAUAUGACUCCUUGUCUGACCACAACUCCAAGUUCCAUCCCGGGGAGGCCAACUUCAAGCUGAAACUGAUCAAGCGCAAUAAUCAGACAGUUCUGGAACAGUCCAUCGAAGCCACCAACCAUGUGUCCAUGGCCGCCAGCGGUCCUGGAAGUGGUGACAACGACCCUGGGGUCUCAGUGGGUAAGACCCCCGUGAUGAAGACAGGAAAACUGAAGGGAGAUGCCAAAAAAGUGCCCAAGAAGCCUGAUGAGGCUGCCCCGGACAACCACAUGGAAGGGACUGCCCGCCUGGUGACAGACACGGCUGAGAUCCUGUCCAGGCUUGGAAGUGUGGAGCUCCUUCAAGAUUCACUGGGACACGUCAUGCCUUCUGUACAGCUUCCACCAAAUAUCAACCUUGUCCCCAAGGUCCCCGUCCCGCUGAAUACUACCAAAUACAACUCUGCCCUGGACACAAAUGCCACCAUGAUCAACUCCUUUAACAAAUUCCCUUACCCCACCCAGGCUGAGCUCUCCUGGCUGACCGCUGCCUCCAAACACCCAGAGGAGCACAUCAGAAUCUGGUUCGCCACCCAGCGCUUAAAGCACGGCAUCAGCUGGUCCCCAGAGGAGGUGGAGGAGGCCCGGAAGAAGAUGUUCAAUGGCACCAUUCAGUCAGUACCCCCGACUAUCACUGUGCUUCCUGCUCAGCUGGCCCCGACAAAAGUGUCGCAGCCCAUUUUACAGACGGCCCUUCCAUGCCAGAUCCUUGGCCAGCCCAGCCUGGUGCUGACUCAAGUGACCAGUGGGCCAACAACGGUCUCUUGCUCUCCCAUCACACUUGCCGUGGCUGGGGUGACCAACCAUGGCCAGAAGAGACCUUUGGUGACUCCUCAAGCUGCCCCUGAGCCGAAGCGCCCACACAUCACCCAGGUGCCAGAACCCCCACCCAAGGUGGCCAACACCCCGCUCAGCACCCCGGCUAGCGACCGCAAGAAGACCAAACUGCAGAUCGCGCACCUCAAGGCCAGCUUCUUGCAGAGCCAGUUCCCCGACGACGCUGAGGUCUACCGGCUCAUCGAGGUGACAGGCCUUGCCAGGAGCGAAAUCAAGAAGUGGUUCAGUGACCAUCGGUACCGGUGUCAGAGGGGCAUCGUCCACAUCACCAGCGAAUCCCUUGCCAAAGACCAGAUGGCCAUUACCAGCAACCGACACGGUCGCACCUACCACAUAUACCCAGACUUUGGCCCCCAGAAAUUCAAAGAGAAAAGCCAGGGGCAGUUGAAAACUCUGGAAGACAGCUUUCUGAAAAGCUCUUUCCCCACCCAGGCGGAGGUGGAGCGGCUGAGGGUGGACACCAAGCUGAGCAGGAGGGAAAUCGACUCCUGGUUCUCAGAGAGACGGAAGCUUCGAGACACCAUGGAACAGGCUGUCUUGGAUUCCAUGGGGCCUGGCAAAAAAGGCUCAGAUGGGGUAGCCCCCAAUGGUGCUCUAUCUCGGCUUGACCAGCUCUCUGGUGGCCAGUUAGCCGGUUCUCUGCCCAGCCCUUCAUCAGCGAUCAUACAAAAUCAAGAACAGAUUCACCUGCUUAGGAGCACUUUUGCGAGAACCCAGUGGCCCACUCCUCAGGAGUACGACCAGUUAGCUGCCAAGACCGGCCUGGUCCGAACUGAGAUUGUGCGCUGGUUCAAGGAGAACCGAUGCUUACUAAAAACUGGAACCUUGAGCUGGCUGGAACAGUACCAGCGGCAUCACCUGGCAGAUGACCAUGGCCACGAUGCUGUGUCAAGAAGAGUGGUAAAACAAGUGGCUGAGAGCCCAAAGAAUGGGAGCGAGGUGGCUCACCAGUAUGCCAAGGACCCCAAAGCACUCUGCGAGGAGAACUCCGAGAAGCUGGUCCCCAGGGUAAAAGCGGGUGGCGAGCAAGCCAAGGACUGUUUGGCAGGCAAGCCCUCAGAGGCCACCUCAGACAGGUCCGAGGGCAGCAGCCGAGACGGCCAAGGCAGUGAGGAAAACGAGGAGUCGAGCAUUGUGGACUUUGUGGAGGUGACGGUCGGAGAGGAGGAUGCCAUCUCAGAGAAAUGGGGUAGCUGGAGUCAGAGAGUGGCAGAAGGCACAGCGGAGCGCGCGGACUCCGACUCGGACAGCACCCCUGCGGAGGCUGGCCAAGCCUAGACAGGGCACUUGGUCUGAACCGCUGCACUGACAAAGGGGAAGCUCUGCUUUGAAGAAAGAAGAAAGCCCCGCCCCCAGCGGCUGGGGGCCACCUCACCAGCGACUCUGAGUGGAAGCGCUUCAGCGGUGUGUGCCUGGAGGCCACGGCAACUCCGGAGCUCUCAGUGUCCCUCCCAGAAGCUGGGUGGGAAUUGUUCAUAGUGCCAAAGUCCUACUACUGCGUUUUCAAUGGGUCCCUGUACAUAGUCUCUGCCUUGGCCCCGCCUCUUGCUUUACUGGAACUGAUUUAUAUGAUGUGGGAAUUUUGUUACCUUUUUAAUCGAGGGCAACUUCCUUUUUCCAGCACUUACAUGGUAAGGUGUUUGCUUUUUUUUUUUUUUUUUUUUUCUCCCCGGAAGGAGGGCUAACCACAUUGCUUUUCUCUUUUUUUCUUAUAAUUUUAUUAACGAGAGGGAGGACACGUUAGUGCCACUGUAGCUACUGGAUUUUAGGUAGGAGAAAAAAAAAUUUUAAGGUAAUUUGACAUUUGGGAGAUGUCUGGGUGGGAAGGGCUGGGGUUGGUUCUCUGGCUCGAAGUGGACCAGGUUCACAGAUAGCAGACCUUCUGCAUCAAGCCCAUUCCCCUUUCCCCCAUGGAACAGACCCUGCCUCUGUUCCAUGUAAAGAGGUGGGUCUGUCUGGCUUCCCAACUGCUUUGGAUAAUUGGGGAACAGGUGUCCGCCCUCUUGACAAAUCAUUUUUAAAAUACCAGCAGAAAGGGCUCCCUCGAUGGAUGAUGCUAUUGUUAUCCUUAGAAAAUUAAAAGAGAGAGUGGUCUUCCUGUCUAGAUGGUACAAAGGUAAACAUCUCUGGUUUUCUUCUCUUCCUCACUGCCUUUCCUUGGUGUGGCAUUUGACAAGAUUUCAGCCUGAAGCCUCACUAUGAAUUUUUUGUUGUUGUUCGUGUGUGUGUGUGUGUGUGUGUGUGUGUGUGUGUUGGGCCAAUUUUAGAUACCUGAGUGCACUUUUUUUUUAGUUAGUCCUAACUUUUAAAGAAGGAAAGCCAAGACAUAUAUCUCAUGUAAAUGUCGCAACAUGGAUUCUGUUUGCUGUCCUUGUCCCCUCUCCCACUCCCCAGACCCUUGACCCCACUUGAGUACACUGCACAAAUAAAAAGCUAGGGAGUUUGAAUAAAAGCAGUUUUUCUAACUUGUUGCUCAUUUGUUGUAACUCAAUAAAGCAAAGACUAAACAUUUUUAUAACCUU